AUGGCUCACGGCAUCGAAGACAGCGAAAUUCUGGACAGCUUGGGCUCAAUGGACGAGAGCAGUUCUUCAUUUGCCUUCCACAUUUGUGGUUCCGAUCCGUUGUAUCGGGCAUAUUUUGCACACAUGAAUUCCGGCCGCAUGAUGGUUGGUUCCAUUAUUACGUUCCGCUCAGCAGAAUCAUGA